UUUUUGAAAAUGAGCGAAAUUGUUACAGUCAAUAUAGGCUCAGCAGGGGUUAAUAUAGCCAAGGACUUAUGGCACCAGAUCCUUAGUGAGCACCAAGCUAGUCCUAGUGUUGUGAAGGAGUAUAAGAGUCAGGAGGGAGUACUCCCUGCAACGAUGUUUUGUGAAGGAGAGAGUGGGGAAUAUCAGCCCAGAGGAGUUGUAGUAGAUCAUGACCCAUUUCCAAUUAAUCGGUUUCUCAAAUCUCCUGUUGGGAGAGGGUUUAGAGGGACUAAUCAGGUCGUCUCAGGCCUUUGUGAUUGAAAUGAUAAGUUUGGCAAUGGAUAUGGAGGAAGUCCUGAAAGUCCACAGGUUUUUGAAAAUACAGUUGAUGGGAUUAGGCACCAGCUUGAAAAAUGAGAUAACCCAGACUCAAUCGUGUUUAUACAGAGUACUGUGGGAGGUACUGGGUCAGGUCUUUCAUCUAAACUUUUGAUUUCUGAAAUAGAUGAUGAUAAUAAAAUCAAUAAUGUUUGAGUGUCUCUUUUACCAUCUCCUAACUUUUCAGUAAACCAUAUAGAGCAUUAUAACACUUGUCUCUGGCUUCAUUUUUAUGGGAAUUUUGCUAAUAUGGGAAUAAUGGUUGACAAUCAGGCUUGCUUUCGAUAUGCAAAGGAAUUUUUGGGUAUGAAGAAAUGAUCAUAUUUUGACGUUAACAAAAUAAUUGCAAAGCUGUACUCGGAUUUAACCUGAAGCUUCAGAUUCGAGAGUAAUAUGAAGUUAUCGCUCUCUGAUUUUGCAAACGAAUUGGUACCAAACAAACCAUUGUCCUCUCUUUAUGCCUCUAUUGUUCCUGUAAAUGAACACUUCAGCAACAUGGAUCCUCAAUUUCCACCUUCUGCGAAUAACAUUUCUGAAAAAUAAGAAGAAUUUGGACUUUUUGAACGAAAUAGGAUCCCCAAAAUCCGAAGAUUUUAAGGAAGAGUUCAAAGAUACUUCCGUAUUUGACUCUGAAUAUCUCGACGUGAAAUCAGCCUAUAACAGCCGGAAUCAGUUGUUAUGAAUAGAGCCAAUCGAAAAGUACAACAUCGGGUCUGCCUGAAUCCUUCGUGGAUCCUCAAAUGAUCUUGAAUCGGUCAAUCAUAGUCUUAAAAACCUUCUUCUUGAUCCAUCAGGGAGGGAAGAAGAGCAUUUGAACUAUCUGAUGGAGAAACUGAUGAAAGAUGCUCAGAAGAGGAAGCGAAGGAUGAAGAAAGAUUUCCAUUAUGAUGUCAAUAACUCCAAGGAGGAUAUUUACAAGUUCAAGUCCUCUGAGAUCAUGUCUUUACAAGUAAAGGAAAACUAUGAGCCAGAGGAUCAUUUAUUUACCAUUUCGAACAACGGAGCUAUUUCUAGCGUUCUCUCAAUGGUAGAAUUUAGGUUUAAUAAGAUGUUUAUUAGGAGACAAUUCGUCCCAAAUUUUACUGACUCUAAGAUCUCAGAGAUGGAAAUGGUGGAAGCUCGAGAAACUGUCGAGAUGAUGAUAGAGGAAUAUAAUAAGCUUACUGACCUGACUAGUGAGAUUAUCGAAUAA